UUCUGCCAAUUUGAACCACAAAGGUCAAGCCCUUCACCCUUGCUUUAACAUUCUCAAAAACUUCCCAAGAUUCUCUAUUAUGGGUUCCAUUUUCUGUAUUACUUUAUGUUAUAAAUACCCCGUUGUUAAGAUCUUCUCGACAUUCUUUUGUGCUCAAAGAAACCUAGUCUCUCUUCCUUGUUUGAUACAUAUAUUUUCUUUACUAUCUUGAUGGCAAAUUACCCUAUUAAUUCAUCCAUAAACAAAUCUAUUUCUUCCAAAGGAACAUCAACAAAAACAAAAACAAGCAACGACUCGGCUGAAGAGAGUGGGUGGACUGCAUACUUCGAAGAUUAUGAUCAGCAAAACAGUCACUGCAGUUCUAGUUUUAGUUGUAGCGUUUCUCUGGUCUCGGACGUUGCAACGACCGUGGCCGGCGCCGUUGCUGGUGCUUGCUCUUCAACCUGUGAUGCUUCCUUAAAAGUUCCCAUGAAACUAGGGUUCAAAAAGACAAGAACUAAAGAGAUUUGUGGAGGUGAUUCCUUGGAGGAUACUGCUACUUCUCCUGUCAAUAGUCCCAAGGUUCGCGAUGUGAAAUCAAAUAAUAUGGAUCCCAAACAGAGGGAAGAUCAAAUCCAUAGCUCUCUGGGGAAGGAUACUACGUCAGAGAAUUAUUCAAAAUGAGGGUGUUCCUUCGACCAUGUUAGUUAACACUUAACACAUACUCUACCCGCUUAAAUAUUAAAAAUUUAAUAUUGUUAUGGGUUUGACUACAUACAAAAUUGAGAUUACAAUAACUUUAAGAUCAUUAAUUCAAAUCUCAUCAUAUCUUCAUAUUUUUAAGUUUAUUUAAAUUUAAAAUUUAAAUAUAUUUUGAUUAUUAA